AUGAUAUUUGUAUGUUUACAGUAUUCACAGACACAGAAACCAGCACAACCACAGGCAUUGAAAUAUAGGGACGUGAUUGAUAUUGAUGACGUAAGAACUAAAGAGAAGCAAAACACACGUAACUGGGACCCAGUUAAGUCUUUUGCGCGAGUUAAGUAUCUUGGACCUGAUCGUCCAACAAUUGGAGAGGAGAAACCCUUGCCACCAACUGUAAAACCUCAAACGAGAUUCAAGUUUGUUAGAUCGGAUCGCCCUGAAAAAAAAACAAUGGCCUUCCAACAGUCGGGUAACACAGAGCCACAGGUUUCUGCCCAGCAAUAUUAUAAGCCACCACUGGACUUUCAGCAAAUUCAAAUGCUGGAACAAUCACCGCAGUUCGAGGAGUAUCAAAAACGGAAAUUGCUGGAAGCUCAAAAAUUUAUACAAGAAUAUCAAAAGAUGCAAGAGGCCAAAAAACAAGCACAACAGACGUAUCAAAAACCGACAAUGCCACCGCCACCAAGACCAAAGCCAAAACCCGUGCAAACUUAUCAAGAUAAAUAUAAUAUAAAGCACCAUCUGGAACUUCAAGAUCAAAUAUUGAGUGGACUUAAUCCUACUGAGUACAGUGACAUCCCUCGAGGCAUAAAAACAUACGCCAGAAGAAAGCGAUUCGAAGUUUUUCAAAUUCUGUAAAAGUUUAGGUCAAAGUCAAAUAAUAAUGAAGUGUA